GCCUUUGUGGCAGCCAGAAACUCACCAGGUGCUGCGCGGGAGGAAGGCAAUGGUAAACCACUCCUGCAUUCUCCCUAGAAAACCACAUGACGGCCCAAGCUUUCCUUUCACUUCCGCAUUGACGGCCUUUCGCCUCCUCGUGCUUCUGUUCUGGGCGUCCUUUGCUGGAUGUGAUGAUGCAAAAGGAAAGUAUAGAAACUUGACCCGAGAGACUGAGUAGUAGCGGCGGCGGCGGAGCAAAGGCGGAGUAGGGCUUUGGGGCUCCAAAGUGCAACUCACCUGGUGCUGAACGAAAAACAAACUUUUUCCGCAGGCUUGGGAGAGUUCCUUCCUUUCAAUUUGCAGCCCAAGAUGGGAUCCCUCCUCCCCAGCUUUUCUCUAGAAACCUGGAUAUUUAUCAUUGCCUUUCUGUCCCUCUUUAUGCUCUACGGGAUCUGGCCGUACAGUUUCUUUAAGAAGCUGGGUAUUCCUGGGCCAAUGCCUUUGCCUUUCAUUGGGACCUUUCACGAAUACCGAAAUGGGGUUGUGGCGUUUGACCAGAAAUGUUAUCUGAAGUAUGGCAAAAUCUGGGGAAUUUUUGAUGGCCGACAGCCAGUGAUGGCCAUUAUGGACCCAACCAUGAUCAAAACCAUCCUGGUAAAAGAGUUCUACACCAGUUUCACCAACCACCAGGACUUUGGUUUGAAUGGAGAGUUGGAUACAGCCCUAAUGGUAGUCAUGGAUGAACAAUGGAAGAGGAUUCGCAAUGUCCUUUCUCCCACCUUCACUAGUGGGAGGCUAAAGGAGAUGUUGCCUAUUAUCAACCAUUAUGGGGAUGUCUUGGUAAGGAAUGUCCAGAAGAAAGUGGACAGUGGAGACCCCAUAGGCAUGAAAGACAUCUUUGGAGCCUACAGCAUGGAUGUCAUAACCAGCACGUCAUUCAGCGUUGACAUAGACUCUUUGAACAACCCCAACGACCCGUUCGUCACACACGUCAAGAAGUUCCUCAAGCUCACCUUAUUUAAUCCACUGUUAGUCUUGGUUGUUCUCUUUCCAUUCCUCGCAAAACCUAUGAACAAGCUAGGAGUCACUCUGAUACCUCUGUCCUUCAUAAGCUUCUUCACCAACGCUCUCAGAAAAAUCAAGGAGGACCGGCAAAAGAACAAUCACACGAACCGGGUUGACUUCUUGCAGCUAAUGGUAGACUCCCAAAUUUCAGGUGACGUCUCUGAUGAGGCAAAUGCAUAUAAAGCUCUAACUGACAAGGAGAUUUUUACCCAGGCCAUCUUCUUUAUCUUUGCUGGUUAUGAGACCUCCAGCACCUCUCUCAGCUUCAUGUCUUACUGCCUGGCCACUCACCCAGAUGUUCAGCAAAGGCUUCAGGAUGAGAUUGAUGAAGUUCUUCCUAACCAGGCCACUCCCACCUAUGAUGCAAUCUUUCAGAUGGAGUAUCUUGACAUGGUAGUGAAUGAAACCCUCCGGAUGUACCCGCCAGUAGGGCGGCUUGACAGGGCUUGUAAAAAAACUGUGGAGAUUAACGGGGUGACUAUCCCAAAAGGAACGGUGGCCAUGAUCCCAGUUUAUGUCCUUCACCAUGACCCACAAUACUGGCCAGAACCAGAAGAGUUCAGACCUGAGAGAUUCAGUAAAGAGAACCGGGAAACCUUCAACCCCUACACCUUCCUGCCCUUCGGGGCGGGGCCCCGGAACUGCAUUGGGAUGCGUUUUGCCCUUCUGGUCUUGAAAAUAGCCAUGGUGGUCCUGCUGCAAAAAUUCUCCUUCCGAACCUGCAAAGAGACACCGAUCCCUCUGGAACUGGAUAGCAUGGGCUUCAUCCAGCCGAAAAAGCCUAUCAUGCUGAAGAUGGUCCCCAGAGCCAGAACAGAAUCUGAGGAAUAAGGACUACGGCACCACUAAAAGCCUGCAACUCUAACUCUAACUCUCUCUCUCUCAAUGCCUUUUCGUCUUUCCAUCACAUGGGAGUUGUGACUUCACAGAACACAUUGGAGGCAGAUGUCGCUUUUAGCUCAAGAACUGACACUGAUAGGCUUUUAAUUUUGUUUUUCAGCCUAGGGGAGCUGGGCGAUCUCUUCUAGCAGCCCGUAAGGAACUUUGCUGACACGGAGGCUUUUAAUAUACUGGCAUUUAUUUAAGAGGGAAGCAGAGGUAAAGGAAUAAAGAACUACGGACAAGUUGCUAUCUUUUUAAUUAAAUGGUGCCCAUCUGAGAGGAUGAACAUAGUGAACAUUCUUGCAUUGGUGAGCAGUGAGGUUUACAGUAUUUGAGGGAAGUUGACACCGACUCGACAGCACACUUUACCUUUAGCUGUGUGGGAUUCACACGCCUCUCAGCCCUGCUGGAUCAGGCCCAAGAAGGCCCAUCUAGUCCAGCAUCCUGUUUCACACAGUGGCCCAUCAGAUGCCGCUGGAAGCCUACAGGCAGGAGCUGAGGGCAUGCCCUCUCUCCUGCUGUUACUCCCUGGCAAUUCGUACUCAGAGGCAUCCUGCCUCUGAGGCUGAAGGUGGCCUAUAGCCCUGUGACUAGUAGCCGCUGAUAGACCUCUCCUCCAUGAAGUUCUCCAAACCCCUCUUCAAGCCAUCCAUGUUGUUGGCUGUCACCACGUCUUGUGGCAGAGAAUUCCACAAGUUGAUUAUGCGUUAUGUGAAAAAGUAGCACCGUUAGUUGGUCCUAAAUUUCCUCGUAAUCAAUUUCAUGGGAUGACCCCUGGUUCUAGUGUGAUGUGAGAGGGAGAAGAAUUUCUCUCUCUCCACUUUCUCCACCCCAUGCAUGAUUUCGUAGACCUCUAUCAUGUCUCCCCGCAGUCAUCAACUAAAUAGCCCCAGGCGUUGUAGCCUUGCCUCAUAAGGAAGGUGCUCCUGGCCCCUGAUCAUCCUGGUUGCCAUCUUCUGCACCUUUCCCAGUUCUACAAUGUCCUUCUUUAGAUGUGGUGACCAGAAUUCUUCGCAGUACUCCAGGCGUGUGACAGUACAAUGUCCUGUUCAUUGAAUGUCCUACACCCUUAAGUGUUAUAAAAAGCAGGGAUGCUAUACUUGCUUGCAGCGUUUUCGAUCGUAUCAGUGGACGCAAACGGUGAAGUUAAAGCCACCGGCUCAUCUGGUGGCUACUUGGAGACGGGCCUUCUCUGCUGCUGCCCCGAGGUUUUGGAACGCGCUCCCUGCUGAAAUAAGAGCCUCCCCAUCUCUGACAACUUUUUAAGAGUCUAAAGACGCACCUAUUCACACAGGCUUUUAAUUAAAUAUUGUUUUAAUAGUUUUAAUACUGUUUUAAAAUAUUGUUUUAAAUUUUUGUAACAUUUUAACUUUGUUGUUGUUCCUUUGUUUUAACUAAUGUUUUACUUUCUUUUCUUUUUACUUUGUUGUAAACCGCCCAGAGACGCACGUUUUGGGCGGUAUAAAAAUAUAUGUUAAAUAAAUAAAUAAAUACAUGGCUUUUUCUCAUA